GAUUUAUAACAGGAGGAAAUUAGAAUACACACACAUUCGCUUUGGUAGGUUUAUAGAUUUUGAUCCGCCGCCCGAUCCGCCUUAAUACCAGCGCCUAUAAGCAAAUCUCGUCGGGCAUCUUCCGUCUAGUAAGAUCCAAGCCGCUCAAAGAGGAAGAAGAAAACAAUGGAUUAUCUCGGAAUCGACAUGAGCUGCGCGAUCGGAUCUCUCCGUAACGGUGAGUUCCCGGAGAAAGAUUGUCUUCUUCCUCUAAUUUCAAAGCUUCUCGGUUACUGCCUCGUCGCUGCUUCCAUCACCGUCAAGCUCCCUCAGAUAAUGAAAAUCGUGCAACAUAAGAGUGUACGAGGCUUAAGUGUUGUGGCAUUUGAGCUUGAGGUCGUUGGCUAUACAAUUUCACUUGCUUAUUGUUUGCAUAAAAGCCUUCCCUUUUCCGCUUUCGGCGAAAUGGCUUUUCUUUUGAUACAAGCUUUGAUUUUGGUUGCUUGUAUCUAUUACUAUUCUCAACCAGUCCCUGUAACAACUUGGCUCAGACCACUCCUAUAUUGUGCUGUCGCUCCGACUGUGAUUGCUGGACAGAUUAAUCCUACGCUCUUCGAAGCUCUUUAUGCUUCACAGCAUGCAAUAUUUCUCUUUGCAAGACUCCCUCAGAUAUGGAAGAACUUCAAAAACAAAAGCACUGGAGAACUUAGUUUCUUAACUUUCUUCAUGAACUUUGCCGGGUCCAUAGUGAGAGUUUUCACUAGCCUCCAGGAAAAGGCUCCACUUAGCAUUCUUACGGGUUUUGCUCUAGGAGUUAUCACCAACGGAAGCAUCCUGACUCAGAUUCUCUUGUAUUCAAAGCCUGCACCAGCAAAGGAGAAGAAAGGCAAUUGAUAGGUAGAAAGAUGUCCAAAAUCAUACUGGUGUUGAGGCCCCAAAAAGAGAUUAGUCAAUGUUGCAAUUACGGUCUUGUUUUCUCUUAAUAUCCCUGUGCAAGGAUGUUCAGACUUACCUAGCUACUGCAUGAUGUUAUAGGUUGACUUGAUCGAAAUAGCAAAGUGGCUGUUUUAGGGGUCUGAUAGAUUUUUUUUUUUUUUUGGUUUUUUUUGUUAUGGUAAUAGCUAAAAUCUGAAAUUACACGAAGUUGCAUUGAUGUCGCUGAUCUGAUGACCAUCUGUUUUUGUGUGAUAGACUUAUGUUUUUGUGUUUCAAACCAUCUGGGUCAUUAAGAUAUGAAUCAGAUUUAUUCUGGCGACA